CAGUUUGCCAUUCCCCACUCGGCCAGAGGACGGAACACGGUGAGGACUGUGUCGCUCAUUAUACCGUCGCCGUCACCACCAGUGCCCUUGUGGUUUAGUUUGCCUCUUCAUUAGUUCAUUUGGAGGGUUAUCUACGUUAGUUUCAGUCAUGUAUCGGUAUUUUGGGGAGCUGCUGAGCCGCUCCGCGGGCAGUGCCCUGGCCUCGAAUUGCGUUGACUCCGCUCUCCCGGUGUCCUCGUCCCUGAUGCGGGUCCGUCGCUACGCAGACGCAGCGGAGAAGCCGGACGAUCCCAACUUCUUCCGGAUGGUCGAGGGCUUCUUCGACCGCGGCGCCAGCAUCGUUGAGGACAAGCUGAUUGAGGACCUGCGGACCAGGGAGACCCCCGAGCAGAAGAGGAGCCGUGUGCGUGGCAUCCUUCGCAUCAUCAAGCCCUGCAAUCACGUGCUGAGCGUGUCUUUCCCCAUCAAGAGGGACAACGGAGAGUGGGAGGUGGUGGAGGGGUACCGCGCCCAGCACAGCCAGCACAGAACACCCUGCAAAGGCGGUAUCCGUUACAGUAUGGAUGUGUCCGUGGACGAGGUCAAAGCCUUGGCCUCUCUGAUGACCUACAAGUGUGCUGUUGUUGAUGUGCCAUUUGGGGGAGCUAAAGCUGGAGUCAAGAUCAACACCAAGAAUUACUCUGAUAAUGAGCUGGAAAAGAUUACCAGGAGAUUCACCAUCGAGCUGGCCAAGAAGGGGUUUAUUGGACCUGGCAUCGACGUCCCAGCUCCAGACAUGAGCACAGGAGAAAGGGAAAUGUCCUGGAUCGCAGACACGUACGCCAACACCAUUGCGCACACUGACAUCAACGCCCACGCAUGUGUGACAGGAAAGCCCAUCAGCCAGGGAGGAAUCCACGGACGAAUCUCAGCCACCGGACGGGGAGUUUUCCACGGCAUCGAGAACUUCAUCAACGAGGCGUCCUACAUGAGCAUGUUGGGCCUGACCCCCGGCUUCCAGGACAAGACCUUUGUCAUCCAGGGCUUUGGUAAUGUGGGUCUCCAUUCCAUGAGGUACCUGCACAGGUUUGGGGCAAAGUGUGUAGGGAUCGGUGAGAUUGAUGGAGCCAUUUACAACGCAGAGGGCAUCGACCCCAAACAGCUGGAGGACUACAAACUGCAACACGGCACCAUUGUGGGCUUCCCAGGAGCCAAACCCUACGAAGGGAACAUCCUGGAGGCAGACUGCCACAUCCUCAUCCCCGCUGCCGGAGAAAAGCAGCUCACGCGUGUCAACGCCCCCAGGAUCAAGGCCAAGAUCAUUGCUGAAGGUGCCAAUGGACCCACCACUCCAGAUGCUGACAAGAUCUUCUUGGAGAACAACGUCAUGGUUAUUCCUGACAUGUACCUGAACGCCGGCGGUGUGACAGUGUCUUAUUUUGAGUGGCUGAAGAAUCUCAACCAUGUCAGCUACGGACGACUGACAUUCAAAUAUGAGAGGGACUCAAACUACCACCUUCUCAUGUCUGUGCAGGAAAGUUUAGAGAGGAAGUUUGGUAAGCAGGGUGGGCCCAUACCUGUCGUACCAACCGCUGACUUCCAGGCCAGAGUUGCUGGUGCCUCUGAGAAGGAUAUUGUUCACUCUGGUUUGGCCUACACCAUGGAGAGGUCUGCCCGGCAAAUCAUGCGCACCGCAACUAAGUACAACCUGGGCUUGGACCUUCGGACGGCCGCUUACGUCAACGCAAUCGAAAAGGUCUUCAAGGUCUACAACGAGGCGGGGCUUACCUUCACAUAAAUGGCAAUGGUGACCCACGGUUCGUCUCCCUCCUGCUAUUGAUCACUCUUUUCUGCCUCUAAACAACCUUCAGAACAUAUCACUAUUUACCACUGCCCUUUUGGCUUGCUCACACACUGCAAAACAUCACCUAGUAUUUCUCCUGUGAUGCUUCUGUUAAACCAAAUCUGCAUUUCUGUUUAAAAUGUUGCCCUGUUUUACCUGAGGUUAUAUGGAGAGUAACAUCAAAUCUCUCCCGCAGCCCAUAAUCGUUCAUGAUAUUGUUGUAUGGCAGCCAUGUUCAGAGCGCCCAUUUUGUGAUCGCUGAACACAGGUGCAACCCUGCUGCUGCGAUUUCUUUCAGUUCAAUAGCACUAAAGGUGCCUUAUUUCAAAUUUAACAUAGAUUAAAAGGGAUUUAGGUUUGAUUUCUUGUGAAUAAAAGGUAAAGUUCUCAUUGAGUUAAUCAUCCAACUCUUCAGUAGCAGUGUGUAGUAAUGAUGUUGCCACGGUUAAAGAGGAUCAUACUUUUCCUGCUUUCCCCUUUGCUCAAAAUACUAAAAGCUGCUUCUCCCCAAACUCUUCCGCUGGCCAUGAAGGAGGAGCAGGGAGUUGUCAUGUGCGCCCGUCCUGUGGUAGACCUGUUCUCCGUCUCGUUCGUCCAGUUUUUCAACAUUGAAAUUAUUUUGGAGGAAAUUACUUUGUUCAUUUUUUUUGAAAAACCAAUAAAAUGUUCAGAAAACCUGCA